AUGGCCCCAGCAUCGGGGGAUGCGCCCUGCGAGUUCAGCGUCGACAUCGACUAUGCAGAUCUAUGCGAACCUUUACAGCAGUUCUGCCGGAACUCCAACGUAUUCGCGAAAAGGCAGGGGAUAAAUUUCGACGACAUGAACGACCAUGGUUUGUCGAAUCCGGGGGCACCGCAGCCUUUGGGCCUCACGAAGACGUUCCGGGAGCCCAUCGGUCAAUUGGUGUUAUGCAAUACCGUGGUCAAUUAUCAGUGGCCCCUCACUAUGGUAUUGUGGUUGCUUGCCAUUGCAUUGUACCUGCGCGACGUGGACUCCACCUUCUCUGGCAACGUGGCUGCUAGCGACACGCGCUUCUCCGCUUUUUUGGUCUUGCUAGUGGACCUCGCGUUUCAGUGCGUCGUGAAUUUCUGCGGCUUGUUCGUGCACACCCCGGUCAGUUCCGUCAACAUCAGACAUCCCAUCUUCGGUUUCCAGCGCCUCUGGAGUCUGUGCAAGUUCAUCGUCUUGGUACCCCUGACGCUGAUGGUUUUAUGGGUCGAGGGCGACCUGCAGGCACUUGACGAUCUGGCAGGCCUCGAGGACACGUUCGGAAUGAGCCCCCAGACUAUCAGAACCGAUUUCUGGUUCGCGCCGCUCGCCUAUCUGCUGCUGCGGUUCGCCUUCGGGCUGCUGCCCAAGCAUGGUCUGGGGAAGCGCCUGAGGUUCAACGAGUCAGCAGGUCAGGGGCGCCACAAGCGGAUCGGCACCUUCUGGGUCGUCUUCGGGCUCAUCUGCUUCGUGACCUACUACGGGGUGCUCGCAGACAUGGCCAGGUCCAUCACCCCGAAGGACAUGUGUCAGAUCGGCGACAACGACGACGACUUCUGCGAGACCAGGCAGCUGAUCCUGGGCAGCGGACUUCCAUCCAUCAUGUGGGCGGACACGCAGUGCGUCGCCUGCGUUACCAGCGUGGUCUCGUCCUGGCUGCUUGCGGCCGUCGGCAGCCUCCUGAUGCCCUACUUCAUCUUCAACUGCUGCGUGUCCUUCAUUGGGUCCUCCCUCGGCGUUGCCCGUGGCCUCGUCGAAACCAACAUCUCCUCGCUGGACUUCUCGGUCCACACGCUGUCGUCGGAGUUUGACAGGCAGCGGAAGUCUGAGGCCGGGUGGGUGUCACACGGCACCGUGCUGCACGCCAUCUACGGAAAGGAUUGGAAGAAGGUGUGGGCCGUGAUGGUCGAGGGGCUCUUCGACGAUUGCUUGGUGAACCAGCCAGUGCGUGACCAGCUGCUGAACGUGGCGAAGAGCGGCGGCAAGGUGGAUUUGAGAGACUCUGAGUCGCUGCGCAUCCUGCCGCAGGCCAUGCAGCGCAUCGGGUACCUGUUCGCAAGCCACCGGGAGAUCCUGUCCAGCAAGGAGAUCGGCUUCGCGCCCUAUUGCGGCAACGACCGCGACGUCCACUGCGACGCGCUCGGCGUCACGCACCCGGGCCGCAUACCUUCGCUGACGCAGAUCAUCCCGGUGUACAGCGAGGAUGGGAUCAUGAGCAUCAAGGAGCUCCUGGGCAAGCCCGCGGGCGGCUCCGUGGCCACCACGCUCGAGUUCCUGGUCUCGCAAUUCCCCGACGAGUGGAAGAUCUUCGCCGAGACCGUCGGGCUGCACCCGACCGAGCUGUACCACAGGCUGGCCGUAGGGCGGUGCACGCCGCAGGAGCAGGACUUGGUGCGCGAGUGGGCGUCGCACCGCGCCCAGUCGGUGAUCCGCACCGUGAACGGCGCGGUGCACUACCACAAGGCCCUGCAGCUGCUGCUGAACCGCGGCGAGGGCGUGGGCUUCGAGGACGUGCGCCGCCGCGUGCAGCUCAUCCUGGCGCACCAGACGUACGGCAAGGUGAGUCUGUCCAGGGCCACCCGGGCCACGCUCCGCGGCGGCACGCUCGCCUUCCGGGGGGCCCACGGGCUGCGGCCAGGCGACACCGUGCGCCUGUCCCUGCAGGCGCGCUCUUCCAUGGACCUCGCGGGGGCCUUCACCUUCAAGAAGGUGGUCGACAAGUUCAAGAGCAACCUGAGUCCGAAGGGGCCGCCGCCCAGCGACGGCAGCGCGGGUGGUCUGCCGACAAUGCUGGGGAGAACGUCGGCUGGCAGCAGGGAUCGCCCUCAUUGCCUCGUAUUCUCGCUCACCAUCGUCAAUGUGGACCAUGCCAAGCUGACCGCAGACAAGGCUGCCACGAAGGCACUGGAGGCCGCGAUCAAGGAGUCGGUUGUGGCCGAGAGCGCCGACGCGAUCAGUCUCGAGAACGUUGCGCUGACGAUGUCGGCGGUGGAGGGCGCAGCUGGCGCCGAGAGGGGGCUGUUAGGGAUCUUGGGCUGGACCCAGGAGUCCUCUGGGCCUGCCAUCAGCGUCGAGUGCACGAUCACGUUGCCACAGUCCGCCGCGGUCGCGCACCUGGAGGGGCAGCUCGGAUCCAGCAGCACGCUGAAGCAGACGCUCAUCGCGGCCAUCACCGCCGCCAGUGGCCUGCACCAGGUCGCGGACGGCGAGGUGCGGCUUGGCGAGGUUGGCGCUAUGAGUCACACGGGCCCGGCCGCAAUCACCAACUUCAAGGAUUUCGUCAGCGGGGCGUUCUACACGAUUGACAGUGUCUUGGACGCUCAAAGUGUGACACUUGUGGGCUGCUCCGCCAAUGGUGGCCAGGUGACGUGCGAGAAGGUGGAUUCGAGCAAGCGCGACCAGGAUUUGCACUACAUGCUGAGCAAGCACAAGGGCUGCCCGUUCUUCGUGGCCAUCGACUUCCACCGCGGAAAGACGCACCCGCGCCUCGAGGAGCUGAUCGACCAGCACGUGCGGAGCACGAGCAAGGACGAGGGUGUGAUGUUCAGGUACGCCAGUGUUCUCAUCAAGUACCGCUACUUCCGCGUCGGCGGACGGGACGAGCACCAGCAGGACGAUUGGCCCGUCGAGGUGGUCCACGUGCUUCCGCGGGCCCGCGGGCUGCUCAUCGGCUCCGAGGGCAACCUCACGCAGGGCAAAUCGGGGAACCAGCUGGGCGCGCUGCGCUUCGCCGAGGGCCACUUCCUGCAGAUGAUGGACGCCAACAUGGGCUGCUACUCGGGAGAGUCGUUCAAGGUGCCCGUGGUUCUCCAGGGCUUCUACCCGAAGCCCACGGCUGGCAGCUCCGAGCACCGACUUGCGCUGCGGGCGAGGAUCAUCGGCUUCCGCGAGCACAUCUUCACGCGCUCGCACGGGCUCGUGGGCACCAUCAUGGCCGACGCCGAGUGGACGUUCGGCACCUUGGUGCAGCGGCUGCUGGGCUUCCUCAACGUGCGCAUGCACUACGGCCACCCAGACUUCAUGGACUGCUUCUGGGCCUCGAACCGCGGCUCCGUGUCCAAGGCCUCGCCGCACAUCAACCUGUCCGAGGACAUCUUCGCCGGCCUCAACGUCAACGCCCGCGACGAGCGGUCCUUGCACACCGACAUCCUUGAGUGGGAGAAGGGGCGCGAGGUGCAGUUCUGUGCCGGCUCUGGCUUCUUCUGGAAGAUCUCCUCAGGCAGCGUGGGUCUCAUGCGCACGCGCGACCUGCGAAGCCUCUGCGGCAGGGCCUCCAUCAUGCAGUCCGUCGCCCUCUACUUCGCCACGGUGGCCUGGUACCUUCACAACAUCCUCGUGGACUACGGCACCGAGCUGUACGUGAUGCUCUUCAUCUUCAUGACCUUCGCGUCCAAGUCCCUCGACGACCUGGGCGCGCUUGGGUCGGCGCUGGCGGUGGAGUGGUUCGUCACGCCCGCGCUCAGCGCCACGCUGCCGGCCGUGGUCGGCUUCGGCGUCGAAUACGGGCCCAUGUGGCUGGUGACCCAGUACCUGCCCACCGUCCCAGCCUGGGGUCGGUGGAUUUUAUCUUCAUCAACAAAUCCAUGGCGUCCUCGGUGCGGUCUACGAUUUGGGCCAAUACUGCGGAAUACGUGA